AAAAAAUAACAAAGCAGCAAAACUUGAAAAAAGUGAUCACAGAAGGUUGAAGUGAAGAUGAACCCAUUCGACCCAGAGCUGUUAGAAGCUCUGAUGAUUGCUAGAAUGAAUAACCCUGGCAUGUUCCAGAGCUUCUGGGAGUUGGAUGAACAAGGUGUUGAGGAAGAAUCUGAGGAAGAAAUUCAAAAGGAUCCAAAGAAGAAGAUACUGUGGGCCGCAGAGAAUAAUCACCUGGACAUCGCCAAAAGUUUACUAGAUGCCGACCCCUCCCUGGUAAACAGUCGCGAUAGUGAUCUCUACACUCCUUUACAUCGGGCAUGUUAUAAUGGACACACAGGCAUGGUAGAGUUUCUCAUAGACCACAAUGCAGACAUUGAGGCACAAACAGAAGAUGGCUGGCAUCCCAUUCACAGUGCAGCAAGAUGGAACCAAGCAGAAGUGAUUUCUAUUCUCCUGGAGCAUGGUGCAGAUAUUAAUGCCAGAACCAACAGCGGACAAACUCCGCUUCAUUUAGCAUCCUCAGAAAAAGAAAAUGGAGAGGCAAUUUCAUUGCUUUUAUCUAACUGCAAUCUGAACACAGAAAUCAGGAACAGUUUGGGUGAAACUGCAGAGGAUAUUUGUUCUAGAACAAGUGAACAUUGUAAACUCUUCGAAGAAAGGAGAAAACGGCUGUCACACCAGAUGAUUAAUGUGCACUAUCAGGGAGGAAGUUUGGGUAAUGUGGAUCAUACAGAGGGAAACCAGGGUAAUAUCGAUCAUCUGGAAGGAAAUCAGGGUAAUAUGGGUCAUCUGGAAGGAAAUCAGGAUAAUAUGGGUCAUCUGGAAGGAAAUCAGGGUAAUAUGGGUCAUCUGGAAGAAAAUCAGGAUAAUAUGGGUCAUCUGGAAAGAAACCAGCAUCAAAUGGAUCAUUUAGAUGGAAAUUCAGGUCAUAUGAAUCACAUGACUGGGAGUGGGUCAAUUGAUCCUCAAGGGAACUACGAUUAUGAUACAACAGAAAACAUAACUGAAGACCCCUCGGGGGAAGUGUUAAAUUUAUCUGACAAUGUUGCUCAGGGAUUUGAAGAUUUGUGCGUUUCUAUGGAUACCUAUGAAAAAGGUUCAGAUCAAUUUGAAAAUGGUGACCAAAACCACUAUGCCAUGGAUGAUAAUCCAUAAUCUACAUCCAAAACCUAUUUCUUAAAAUAUUACCAAGCAAAGCAAGUUUGUUUCCUUCUUUCAUAAAGAAGGGUUUAUUGAAUUCAGGGUUUAUGCAGGGUUUGCUUUUUAUGCACAUUAAGCAUUGACUCAUUAUAGUGGUCAAUGGGAAUUUAUGCAAAGCAUCUCAAUGGUAUUCAGCACAAUCACUUUUCAUGGUGAACAAUGUUUAUUGAAGUUAUUUUUAUCUUUUGUUUUAUUAAGAAGUACAACAAAUUUAAUGAUGUUUUUAUUUUUUAUUAUGUUAUAAUUAGAUACAUGUAUUAGUGUCCAUCAAUAAAUGUGUUUGAUGAAAUAAGAUGUUUUCUUCUUAAACGUGUGAAACUUAAAAAUCCUUUGAGUUGAGGGCUGAAGAGAGGUACAUGUAACCAGAUGAAGUAUGUUUUGAAUAGGGAUGUCAAUUUUCAUAUUCGAUUAUUCAUUGAAAGUACAUGUAUUCGAAUAUAUUCAAAUAUUCAAUAAAAUAUAUAAAAUCU